CUCUCUCUCUCUCUCUCUCUCUCUCUCUUUCUCUCUCUUCAAAUGGGGUUGUCGAUCGGCUCUGGCGACGGCGACGGCGAGUCCACACGCACACACAAGGUCUUCCUACUAACCAACUACCUCCUCCUCGGCGCCGCCUCAAGCUGCAUCUUCCUAACCCUCUCCCUCCGCCUCAUCCCCUCUCUCAUCGGCUCCCUACUCGUCCUCCUCCACAUCAUCACCAUCGCCGGCGCCGUCUCCGGCUGCGCCGCUGCCUCCCGCGGCGGUGGCUCCAAGUUCUACGGCGCACACAUGGUGGCCACCGUCCUCACCGCCAUCUUCCAGGGCUCCGUCUCCGUAUUAAUCUUCACCGGACCUUCCGACUUUUUGGGACACCUGAAAUCGUACGUAAGGCUGGAAGACGGCGUCGUGAUACUGAAGCUCGCCGGCGGACUUUGCGUCGUGAUAUUCUGCCUCGAGUGGGUGGUGCUGACGUUGGCUUUCUUUUUGAACUAUUAUGCUUACGUGGAAAAGAGGGGCAAUAAUGGAAAUAACAAUAGUUAUGGAAUGAAGAGUGGCAGAGUUCAGGAUGAAGAUGAUUUGAAGACUUUGCCCUGGCCUGUUCAGGUCUAAUAAUUCUAAAUAUGAAAGUAUAUUUAUUUAAUUUUUUGGAAAUUUUGAAAUUUGUAUUGGAAUUCUUUUUUAAUGUAUAUCGAUAUUGUUUUAUUUUAUUCAUUUGUAAUGUGAGGAUAUAUUCUUUAUCGUGGAAGGAUUAAUCCAAAAUUAUUUAAGGUAAAUUACGACCAUCCAUCAACUAUGAA